AAAGUAAGAAUAGGUUUGAGAAGAAGAUUUAAUCGAACCUGUGAGAAAAUGGACUUCUCAAAAAUUAACAAAGUGGCGCGUCUGGAGGGUUUCCUGCCAACGAAAAAAUUAUCAGAACUGGAGGUUGAAAAAGAAUACAAGAUUACCAGCAUAAGGAAAAUUCAAACGAAAUUUGGAGCAAGACACAUCGUUGACGUGGAGAAUAGCUUCUCAGUAUUCCUGCCAGCAAGGAUCUCGAGGGUUCUGACGGACGAUGAGGAUUUCUUUCAACGGAUGGUUUUGGAUACCGCUGAGAAUCGGCUUUGUAUGCGUUACCUCGGUGGGAAAUUCAACCUCAUGGAAUUUCGAUAUUUGUAAACGUUCAUACUUAUGAUUUAA